CGUCUGUGGUGCUCUUUGGUCUCCGGAGCGAACAGGAACCGCGGCGCUGUCAGUGUCUCUGCAAGCGGACCCCAAACGCCCAUUUAUUGUUAUUUUUUCCCCUCCGUCAGUGUGUGUUUGCGCGUGGAGAGAAAUGGAGGAAUAUCAUUCUGGCGACGAGGUAACCUUCAAUUCUGAUGAAGCAAGUAACAACGUUAAAGAGUGCAUCGAGGGGAUCAUCGGUGGGAUGGACUAUAACCAAAACAAAGUGAACCAGUGGACCGCCAGCAUUGUGGAGCACUCUCUGACAACGCUAGUCAAGCAGGGGAAGCAUUUCAAGUAUAUCGUGAAUUGUGCGAUCAUGCAGAAGAGUGGCGCUGGUCUGCACACUGCCAGCUCCUGCUACUGGGACAUCACCACCGACGGCAGCUGCACGGUGCGAUGGGAGAACCGCACCAUGUACUGCGUGGUCAGCGUCUUCGCCGUGGCCGUGUCCCUCUAGCUCCAAAGGUCCUGGUGGACGUCAGGCGAAGGGGGGGGUGAACAUAGGGUCUACGACACGCACCCAGCCGGGUGGAAGCUUUGAAGAUCAAAAGCUAAAAGACGUGUUCUAGGAAAGCACGCCGGGGACCGACAGAUGCCUGGAAUAUCGUCCACGUUGGAGGACUUUCUGCUGUCAGUUGUCACUGCACCUGCUCGCCAGUCUCCCUACGCCUCCAUAUUUAGUGUCCGUCGUUGUCCUUAUAUCUGUAUGGCACACAAAUCCUUCGCUUUUAUUAGAGCAUGACUGAGUGUAGAUUGUUUCUAAAUAACACAUUAAACAUAUUGGUAGGAGUGUAGAUAAUCAUACCAGACCCAUUAACCCAUUGCUUCAUGGCUAUACAGUGCUCUGUCUCUUUUCAUGGCAUGUUUUGGCUUAAAGUGGGAUCUUAAUUUUUUAAAAUCUUUUUUGGGGAAAGUGUUUCAGUUUAUCCUGACGGGGGUUGAAGCCCCAGAGUCAGGCCAAGGCAGCGUAGGUCACCAGGAUUGAGAACACCCUGGAUGUACAAUUCUGCAUGCAGAUGCAUCUUGGGGCGGAAGUUGCCAGUUAGCCAGACCACGUGACUUUGGGCUGCAAGAGAGAACCCAUUCGAAAUUGGGAGAAAAAUGAAAUCAACACAGAGCGUAUGUGGGAUUUGAGCCCACAAUCACAGGGAAAUGACAGCAGUGUGCCUCGCUGAGCCACUUCGCUUAUUCGGGGGGUGUUUAGCUAAUUUGAUGCAGCGUUUAGAGGUAGACGAUCACAGGUAAUAUCAAGAGAAACACAUUUCUGUGAGUCAGGCCAGUGUUGCCCCAUUAGACAUCUUAGUGAGUUUUCUAACUCCUAGCAGGAUGAAAAACAGUGGCAUCUUGUUUUUAGAAUACCUUUUGCGAGUAUUUUAAUAGCAAUCUACACCGUCAUUUCAGUUUUUUUUUUUUCCCUCUCGUUCGUGGUGAUCCUGGGGGCUGAACACCACGUGAUCGUGCUCGCAGCAGAAUGUCAUACUUGCGCAUCCCCCCGGCCGACAGUAGGUGUCACUGUAAAGCAGUGAGGUGAGAAAUCAAGUCACUGACACACCCAAUGGAAACCGGCCAGUUGUGUGAUUUCCUAGUGUCACAACUGCAGGAUUUUAACGUUGUAGCGAUUAAUGUAUUUUCUCGAAACGUUAAAUUUCAUUUGGCUUCAUAAUUAAUUGCCUCAAUUGUUUCCUUUAAAGGUCCCCACAGCACUCGUUCUGCUUGCUAUCACGGUCAGCAGCAUUCUUUACUGGAUUUUGGGAGAAACCAGGGAUAAAUCUUACAAUUUAUAUUAAAUGAUAUUUUGUGUUUGAUUUUAUGGUGCAAUUUUAACUGUAAUAAGCAACUUUUAAGCAUGCAUUGAAUACUGAUAAUCAUUUGAUAAUAUAUGUUAUUACUUUGUUAUGGUUUUAAUGAUAAUUAUACAGGAAGGAGAGUUUUUGUCCUGGUAAAACUAAAACAGUAGCACCGUUUUACCAGUCGAUAUUUUUAAAAAUUAAUUUUGGCCAUGUGCAAGAGGUGUUCAUCCUUCCCGUAACCCAAGAUUUGGUUUAAAUUUUUUUUUUUUUAUUGUAAUAGCCACCCAGAAGGAAUGACCACAGCUGCGGCUUACGGAUGAAUGUUUAAAUCGUUACUUCCUUCCUGUAUUGGCAUCAGAAUUACUUUUAUCAGAUAAUGUAAGUUACCUGAGGUGGGACCGUCAGGCAAGUGGGUUAAUGCUGAUUUUGGGUCAAAUGAAUUGUGCCGUUUUCCAGUCCAGUUAUAGUUAAGUGCAUGAUUUAACCAAAUCUACUAAGAUGUAAAUAAACCCAAUUAAUCCCUUGCAUUUA